GAUCAUUUGUGGACAAUGGCUGCCUUUCGAUUGGCUGUGGUGCUGCUGGCGCUCUUCGUUGCAGUGUCCCAAGGACUCGACUUACCCAACAAGGAUGUCCCCCUGCUGGUCAAGACGCUGCAGAAUUUGCAUCGUGGCCCACCGAAACAGACCGUGCUGAAGCGCGCGAAUGUUCAGGAGAAAUGGAUCACACAGAAAUUGGAUAACUUCGAUGAUGACAACAAGGAGACCUACGAAAUGCGUUAUCUGGUCAACGAUGAGUUCCAAGAGGAGGGUAGCCCCAUCUUCAUUUAUUUGGGUGGCGAAUGGGAGAUCGAGGCCAGCAUGGUCAGUGCUGGACAUUGGUACGAUCUGGCAGAGCAGCACAAGGGUGUCCUGGUCUAUACCGAACAUCGUUACUACGGCGAGAGUGUUCCCACAUCUACCAUGUCCACGGCAAACCUCAAGUAUCUGCAUGUCAAGCAGGCCCUGGCCGAUGUGGCCGAAUUCAUAAAAUCCUUCAAAGCAGAGCAUCCCCAGUUGGCCAACUCGAAAGUGGUCCUUGCAGGCGGCUCAUACUCGGCCACCAUGGUGGUGUGGUUCAAGCGUCUAUAUCCCGAUCUGGUGGACGGUGGCUGGGCCUCCAGUGCCCCUAUUUUGGCCAAGGUGGCCUUCACCGAAUACAAGGAGGUGGUGGGCCAAGCCUUCCUUCAGUUGGGCGGCCAGAAGUGCUACGAUCGCAUACAGAAUGGCAUUGCAGAGCUCGAGUCCAUGUUCGACAAUAAACGUGGAGCCGAGGCACGUGCCAUGUUGAGGUUAUGCAACAGUUUCGAUGAUAAGAACGAUCUGGAUAUUUGGUCUCUCUUUGGCAGCAUUUCAAAUGUGUUUGCAGGAACAGCUCAAUAUCAAAGACCUGGCGAUAUUGAGUACUACUGCGAUUAUUUGCUGAGCUUCAGGGAUGAUGCCACGGCCAUUGCCAAUUUCGUUUACUGGGGCUGGGGUAUGCCCUCCUGCAUCGAUGCUCGAUAUUCCAGCACCGUGGAUUACUACCUCUGGGCCGUGAAUAACUUUGAUGCCGGUCGUCCCUGGUAUUAUCAGACCUGCAAUGAGUACGGCUGGUACCAGACCUCUGGCUCCGCGAAACAACCCUUUGGCUCCAAGUUCCCCACCGCCAUGUACACCACUCUCUGCGCGGAUGUCUUCGGUUCGCAGUUCAGCAACGAGCAGAUCAACAGCAAUGCCGCACAGACCAACUUGGACUUUGGUGGCAUGUCCCCGGAGGUGGAGAAUGUCUACAUGACUCAUGGAGCUCUGGAUCCCUGGAAUCCCAUGGGUCAUGGCGUGGCCGAGGGUGCCACUCUCAUUGCCAAUGCCUCUCACUGUGCCGACUUCAGUUCGAUCUCGGCCAGCGACUCGGCGGAGAUGCGGGCCUCCAAGGAGCGUCUGGCGGAGCUGGUCAGCGAAUGGUUGGCGUAGGAUCUUUUUUUGGCCAGAAGAAAAUCAAUUCUUUUAUUUGUAUUCAAUAAAGUCAAUGUGAAUCAUA